AUGAACAAAGAUGGUCAGCGGAUGUCCGCGUACUUCGCCACUGGGUUUUCAAUAAUGUUCGCCUUCGUUUGCAUCACCGUAAGUGGAUCAUCACUCUAUUUCGAUCGUCUUCGUUGGAGUACGUUACUUGUGGCGAUAAGUUGUGCCAUCGUACCUGUGCUGGCGAUUACGACCACCUUCGGCCUCUGCUCAUUCAUCGGCAAUCGAACGAAUUCGCUCAUGCUCAUUAUGCCAUUCUUGAUAAUGGGCAUAGGAGUGAACGACUCAUUUCUCACAACACACGCUUGGCUUCGGCAGCCGUUACGACAACCAGCCGCAGUGCGACUGGGUAAAGUACUGGAAGAAGUGGGACCAUCAAUAACUACAACAACACUGACAAAUGUAGUUACCUUUCUAAUAGGAUGGCUCACACCAACAGAAGAAAUAUCGAUUUUCUGUUUUGGUAGCGCGAUGGCUCUCGGUUUUGCCUACAUCUACACAGUGAUUAUCUUCUGUCCUAUACUUUACUACUGCACGCUGGAGGAGUCGAAAGAGGCGCACGAAGGUUGCUUCAGGCGCAAGGGGAAGCGCUUCUUUCGAGCCAUUCUCCGAGGUUACAGCUGUGUCCUCGCAGAUCGCCGGGCAGCACUAGUUCUAUUCCUAGGAACUAUUGUGUACUGGUACUUUGGUAUUAUGGGCACGAUAAGCAUCACAGCCAAAUUGGAUACCGAGAAAAUCCUGCCAAAAGACACUCCUAUUCACAGACCGAAUCGCCUUGUAGAAAACAUAGUUUGGGCUGAGUACUACCCCGUGACGAUCAUUGUGAACAACCCGGUAGACGUGCGCGAUGUGGAUCGUUUGGAUGAGGUGAACGCGUUUGUGGCGGAAUUCGAACGCCUUCCCACUUGUCGAGGCUCCAACUUCACGAUGUUUUGGUUGCGAGAUUAUAUCGACUACUAUUGGGGUGUUGGUGUGAACGACUUCGACUUCUAUUUUGAUGCUGAUGAGUAUCCAGAUGAGAAAGAGUUUGGGUUCAAAAAACUAGCUGGAUUUCUUGGCAAUCCGCUCUACAAGCAUCACAAGGCCUUCCUCAAUCUCGACUACAAUAAAACAGCCUUGAGACUUACUCCAACAAUAGCUUGCUUUCGCUUUAAAAGUGAUUGUUCCUUGGUUUUGGGUCUCUGUGCGGCAAAAUUCUCUCUGGUUGUUGUAUACGAGAACAAUACGUCGUGGGACGAUCGGAUAGAUCCUUAUGCUAAAGUGCGAGAGCGAUCGUUUGACAGGUACCCAAGCCUCAAUGCAAGUGUUUGGAAUGUGAAUGCCAUGUUUGUUGAUCAGAUGUUGAGCUUGAAGUCACUAACGUGGCAGACAUGCUUGUGGACGUUGUUCUGUAUGGCAAUCGUUUGUGCUAUUUUCAUUCAAAAUCCAAUUUCGGUUAUCAUGGCCACCACUGCGAUUGCAUCCAUCAGCCUUGGUGUUAUGGGGUACCUCUCAUUCUGGCAUCUUGACCUCGAUCCUGUUUCGCUUUGCGCCGUUCUUAUCAGCAUCGGCAUGGCCGUCGAUUUCGUUGCUCAUACUACAUACCACUACCAACUGUCGUACCGCGAAGUGGUUCGAAAAGGCCAAGAAAUGCGAGUUGAUCUUGACACCCCGUACAGCAGGAUACGACAUACAAUCAGCAAUAUCGCGUGGCCAAUGUCACAAGCAGGCAUUUCCACUGUUAUCUGCAUUCUACCCAUCGUCGUACUACAGAUUCCAUUGCGGUCUUUUGAACAUUCACUGUUACGGGGUCCUAUGUGA